UAUAAGAAGGGCACAUAUCCAGAGGCGAACUAGCUUGGCUGGGCAACAAUGUCGGAUCAACAGCGAACUGGUGCUGAUCCAGUGGACUAUGAGAUCAAAAGGACGCGAUUUCAGAUUGGUGCUUCUCAAACUGGUGAAGGCCCAUCGGAAGUUAAGACUGAUACUCAGGAUGGUCAACAGGAAGCAAAACAAAAGUUCCAAGUAUAUGUCAACGCCCUGAAACGAGACCUGGAGGCCGUCGAGGAAAAACUACAGAACCUGCAACAAGCUAUUAAUGUAGAUGGAGGUGGAACCGUCCGCUUCAAAGGUCUUGAGGUGUCAUUAUCGGCCAUCUUUGUUGUUGAGUCCUCCAGGAAGGCCGAGGAUGUCGUGAAGUACAAGGUGAAUUUCAAUAAUGGUGAGGACUACCCAGCUAAACCACCAUCAGUCGUCUGGCAGAACUGUCCGGUGGAACCAGAGCCCAAACUCGAGCGUAUUUCAUCAACAAAGCUGGCCGAUGCACUAACUGAAGUGAAAAAUGUGAUCGUGAGGGACCACGGAAAAGGCAAGAAGAAAUCCAAAAUGACUUGAAAGGGCAAGAAGAAAUCCAACCGCGAUGGUAAGGAUUGAAAUCACAUUUCCACCUGUGUUUGUGUCUCCUCUACAUUGAUCAUCAUUAGCCGCACUGUAUGAUCCUGCGAGGCAAUAUGUUUAUGAUUCCCCGAACUCCAUCAUUUAUUCUGUAAUAAUUCGUGGCAAGGAUCAAUG